UGUUGUCACAAAUCGAGCUGAUCUUGUGAGGAAGACCACAUCGCCCUCUCUCUCUCUGAAUUUUCAAACAUUUCCUUCUUCAUUUGCUGUGUAAACUUUUGCUUCCAUAACCUCAUAGUGUCGACAUGGGAUGCCAACAAGACCCUCUUGUCCAAAGAGUAUGCGAACUGUACGAGAAGAUCUCAAGCCUCGAGUCUCUCAAACCAUGCAAAGAUGUCAACAUGCUGUUCAACCAGCUGGUCCUCACGUGCAUGCCACCAAACUACCCGAUCGAUGUCACAAAACUAUGCAGAAAGGUUCAAGAAAUGAGGUCCAACCUCAUCAAGCUUUGUGGCGAAGGUGAGGGUCUCUUAGAGAGCCACUACUCCUCCAUCUUGGCCUCAUAUGACAAUCCGAUUGAUCACCUUCACAUCUUCCCUUACUUCACCAACUACCUCAAGCUAAGCCAACUUGAGUUCACCAUCUUGAGCCAGCACCACUCAGGGCGCGAGCCAAGCCGGGUUGCCUUCGUGGGCUCCGGCCCGCUCCCGCUGACCUCAAUUGUCCUAGCCUCUAACCACCUGACCAAGACUCAUUUCCACAACUAUGACAUUGACGCCUCGGCCAAUUCCAUGGCACUCCAAUUGGUCUCACCUGACCCUGACCUGUCCAAGAGAAUGUUCUUUCACACCACAGAUAUAAUGGAUGUCACAUGUGCCUUGAGGGACUAUGAUGUCAUUUUCUUGGCAGCUUUGGUGGGUAUGGAGAAGGAGCAAAAGAUUAGGGUUAUUGAACAUUUGAGCAAGUACAUGGCCAAUGAUUCAAUCUUGAUGAUCCGAAGUGCACAUGGGGCUAGGGCUUUUCUGUAUCCUGUGAUCGAGGCCAGUGACCUAAGAGGGUUCCAGGUUCUCUCGGUGUUUCAUCCCACAGACGAGGUCGUCAACUCGGUCAUCAUCGCCCGCAAGUGCUCGACACUCAAUCAUGAAAAGGGAUCGCCGCUCGGGCCCAUCAUAAUGCCUAACAAGUGCUGUGAGAUCCACCAGGUCUUCAAUCCUCUCAACCACGGGAGUAUCGUGGAGGAGUUGACCAUUGAAGAGAAAUUAUCCUAAAGACAGCUCCGUUCCACCCUCUCUCUAUCUCUAGGUUUGACAUACAUGCAUUUUUUCUGUCGGCUUGGCGAUUGUAGGGUUUGUGCAUCGUCUUUGCAUUUUUAUGUCGAGAAAUAAUUCUGGUCUAAUAUUCGUGAAAGUUACAAACCUUACUUUCCUCUUCUUUUUUUCUGCUUUCCGGGUGGUGUUGUGGAUGUUAUGUUGUUCCACUAUGUAAUCUCGUGUAAUGACCAACUGGUCAUCAAAUGUUUUAAUAAUCAUCAAAUAUAGUGAAUUGUCGUCCUUUUCUCUGGCAAAA